AUGUAUAUUGCUCGAACUCUGACACUUGGUACGGGAAGAUUGAUCUCGAGGACACCCUUCCCACCAGCCACACUCAACUCUAGGAUCACAUCUCCAUCACUCCUUCCAACAACCACAACAUUCAGGAGAUGGUACUCAACUACUGAUUCCACUUCAGUCGCAGCGUCUACAACAACACCCUCAGCAACAGAGUCAGAGGGUGCAUCAUCAACUGAGCAGGUGGCCACCACCACCACCGCAUCAGUUGAGCCAACUGAGACAGCAACUUCGACCACAUCAAUUGAAGUACCAGUUGAGGUGAAGACUGAGAAGACUGAUGUCCCAGCAACAGCAGUAGCGACAAAAGGAACAACAAAGACACCAUACAAGAAACAGCAUCAGAAGCAACAACCACAGCAACAGCAACAACAGGAGAAGAAGAAAUACACCCCGAACAAGGCACAGACUUCCAAUGUCAAGCCAACAACAACAACUUCAAAGAACGAUCAGACAAAGACGACAAAAACGACAACGACAGCGACAACUAAGGAUCAAAAGAAACAGAAUCUUAAGGCACCAGUGACUGGAAAUGCGCCCCAGGUCCACAAGCCCUACAACAUGUUUGAUCAGAUAACUCUGGCCAGCAUCACCGAACAGUCGUUUGCACUCAACCUCCCAUCAAACCUACCAUUCACGACCACCAAGCAAGACUACAUCGACUACAUGAAACAACUAUCCACCUACAAUGACAUGCUCAAGCGUCUUAACAUCACUCGUCAAGCUGAUGACAACAAGAAACCACAUGCUCAACUUCUCAAGUUGAGGACCAACGUCUAUCCCCAGUCUCCUAACGAUGUCUACCCAUCCAUUAAGACCAUGUUGCCUGUUGGAACUACUAUUGAGUUCAUGCUCAAUAAUGUGAUGUACUUGGGCAUCAUCCAGAACUAUCAUAGUGGCGUCAACUUGUUGGUGUCGUACUUGGAUCACAAUAGACCAGGUGGUGCAGUGGUAGUGAAUGGCGCCAAGGUGGAGAUAUGGGACGUGCUCGGAUGUUGGCCACAGGACUAUUACAGGUUGAACACUACAGACUUGCUCCAGCUGUACAACAACCAUAACGACUUGGUUGUCUUGGCACCCGAUCGCCACGCAGCCUUCAUCAAGUUUGGCGCACAGACCUUCAAGUUUACCACAUUCAAUGCCUGCAGGACACUGCUGGACGUCCACCCAACUUCGCCUUUGGCAUCGCAAUCGCCAUCGCCGCAGAACAUGUACGACACAUUCCGUCUGCUCAACAGCGAUCGCAGCAUCGCGCGCAACGAGGUGACGGGCGGCUACCGCAUCGAGUCGCGCCUCUUUGAGGACAUGCAGCCAUUCAUUGAUCGCGUGCAGUCCUUUAAGUCGAUGGACAAGAAGCCCAAGUACUUUGAUCACUUCAACAACGACGACAACAAGUUUGUCGUGUUGCUCUACCUCUUCAUCAAUCAUCCCGAGAAGCACCUGUUCCAGUACUCGGAUCUCGCUCAGAUCGUGCUCGACAAGCUCGGCGUGGAGUUCUCGCAUAAGGGCGCCAGACAGGUGCUGCGCUUGCUGGGCAUGGAGCUGCAUCCCAUUCCCAACUACGAGCUGGGCGAUGUGCUCUCAGGCAUCUGUCCCCGCGAGACGGCCGUCGCGAUGAACAACAUCACCAAGAGCUUGGAGGCCAACAAUGGCAAGGACAUGUUCGACCCCCUGGCGUCCAUUCGCAAGCCAUUCACACAGCCCAUGUACCAAGUGUACCGCACCGACGAUGACAAGUUAUUCGUGGGCAACUGCUUGUUCUCUGUUGUGAUGGAUUCGGACAAGGUGUGCACGUUGUAUGUCACAUGCAUGGAUGUGUCGCCAUACAUCAAGGACGGCCCCAAUGACACACUCUACAAGAGUGCACUGUUCAGCAAGAUGUCAUUCUAUCAGGCUGACAACAGACAGGGUAUGGACAGACUUCGCGUAUCAACUCUACCCCAAGCCUUUGUCAAGGCUGUCACCGAACGUCCCCUCAGAUUUGGCAUCACUCGUUGGACCAAGCUAAACAGGGAGACCAUGGAGCAGUUGGACUUUGGUGUGGAGCCAAUACUGAUGGACCAGGCAAAGUUGAUCACAUUGUCAUCAAAUGAGGCACUGGAUAAUAUGAAGUCAAUUGAUGAUAUCAAGGACAAUGACGCACGCAACUUGUUCAAGGUAUUAAAGACUCUAAAGGACAAGCGCAUUCUCCCAAUGAGUGGAACAAACAAUCGCAGCCGCAAUCCACUUGGCUCAUUCUUCAGGCCAGCAAUCGAGCUUGCAGACAAGGGACUUGGACAAUAUGUUAAGGCCAAGGGUCUGCCAUGCAUAUCAUUUUUUGAUGCAUUCCAGUUUGUGACUAGCUCAUCAAGGGAGUUCAGGGCCAAGCUGUCAAUGCCUUUGGAGAAGGUGGACGACAUGAUUAUGCAGAUGCAACUGGCUUGGUACUGGCAAUACAACCUGCCAAUAUUCAGUAUGGAGUCGAUCAAUAAGAUUGGCACGCCAUCAUUCGAGUUGCACGAGAUACACAGGGACCGAAGAUUUUACUCCUGGUUGGUGGCGCUAAAGGAUAAACUGGCUCAGCAGUCUGGUGAGCCAGCAGUCGUUCCAGGUCAACGCGACACACCCAUCGUUGCCAAGAUGAAUGGAAAGAUCAUUAAGCACGAUUCUGUCAAGGAUGUAUAUACUAUUGGAUUCGAAGAGUAUAACUUCACCGAUAGUUCAGUUCCAACAACAGUGUGUGCCAACAAGUUGGAGAUUGGUGAUCACGUCGUAGCGACCAUUCAAUCAAUCUCCUGGACCAAACUCAUGGUCUCAUACAAGUCCAUCGAGCGAGUCGAUCCAACGACAUCCACAUCAUGCGAAUCCAAUACCGAACAAUCGUCAUCAUAA